UGGUAAUAAGCAGUAGAUAUAGAGAAGAUCGACGACAAGGAUCACGCAUUCACGAAGAUGAAAAACUUCCCCAACAAAAUUACGAACAAGGGGCUAAACCCCAAAUAAAACUACCUAAGACCUCAAUAGCUGGCAACUCAUCAAGAGAGGGAAAGCGAGUUAGAUGGGCAUAUGUGGAAUCAUAAAUACUAAAUUUUAAGUUGAUACAAUAUUUUCUCCGUUUUAACCCGGUUGAUUCGGCCGGCAGCGGAUUAUCGGGCGUCGGGUCAUAUAGAUGUGCCGAACCGUUAAUGAGAGAAAAGAUUCAGGGCUCCGAUUCACCGCUACUCCUAUCCGCACCAUAUAACUCCACGUCACGCUUCUUCUUUCUUUCUGCUCCAAACGUUCAGAGGAACAACCAAAGAAGCCAAUUACAAUCUUCAACAAUGGCUUCUUCAACCAUCUUCUCUUUCAAUUUCAGGUUUUACCCUCUACAUUCCCCUCCAACUGCACGACUCUCUUCUCUGUCUGCUCAGUUCCCGCCCUUCAAUAAGUUGAACAAGUCACUCAGACUUAGUUCGACUCGUAGCAUUUCUGGGUCUCUCUCCUUUUUCAGUCGAAAACCUUCUACUAUCACUACUCUCACUCAGAGGCUUCAAUCUCUUACAGUUUCCGCCGCUAAAGGCUACAAAAUGAAAACCCACAAGGCAUCAGCGAAAAGAUUCAGGGUGACAGGCAGAGGGAAAAUAGUUCGGAGGAGAGCUGGGAAGCAGCAUUUGCUGGCCAAGAAGAACACCAAGAGGAAAUUACGACUCUCCAAAAUGCACCCAGUUAGCCGGAGUGACUAUGACAAUGUGAUUGGCGCUUUGCCAUAUCUCAAAGUAAAUAGACAAGCAAAGUAGAGAUCAUUUCAUGAGUUAUGGGAAGACCUUAUCGGCUGGAUUUUUUUUUAUUUAUUUAUUUUUUAUUUUUUAUUGCUUCUUGUAUGAAUAGACAAGUAAUCUUGAUGCCCUUAUUCUUCUAAUACAGAAUUCAGUCAAGUUCCAUUGAAAUUUCUACAUUUGUUGAUCAUGUCACGCAGCAUUACCUCUUCUUCCACUCUACAGCUUGCAAGGAAUUACUUUGGCUGAAUUUCUUUUUUAUAGCAAUUUGUAUUUUGUAUUUGCUGUUUGUAGAGCUUUGCAAACUUUGAUAGCUAUAUUCAUUUAAGAAAUCUUCAAUGCGUUAAAUUGUAUGGAUAA